AUGAACCAGCAUGCAACAACUGUAUCCGCCGGCAACAGAAUUGUCCAGGUUACGGCGACGUUUUUGAUGGCGCUCACAGAUCCCAAAAUCAGAUCAUUCAACGCCGAUUGGAAAGAAAGAGUGUCUGUACCAGAGUGGCUCAUCCGACCGCUGUCGGAUGCUGAGAAUUCAGCGCUCGUGCCUACAGGUUCGGCAAGUCCCACGGUCAUCAAUCAAAAUAAUAGAAUCUCGCAACGUGUCUUCGAUCCUACAGCAAGCUGGCCAUUGUUAUCAACCCGAGAAAUUUCGGAUCUGCAAAACAAGGGGUCAUCAGCCGCUAUGGUUGGUCAGGGACUCAGCGCGUUGGAUGAUUCUGUGCCCCACGCCCUUGCGCAGAAUACGCAGGAUAUCUCCCUCUGUUUCUUCUUCCGUCAUUAUGCAGGAACAACUUUCGACCCAGAGUCCCGAAAUAGCUUCAACCAGCUGUGGCAACCAAUGUACCUACAAGCCCCAAUCCAAUCAUCCUUACGACUCGCAACCAGUGCGGUGACUGUCCAUAUUGCCAAGAUAUGGCGCUUAUGGGCCUGCACAGCCCAGGCUGUGAGAAGCCUCUUCAUUCGAGCAGUCGCCACCACCCAAAAAUCCUUGCAGGAGCCUGAGCAAAGCUCAACAGACACGAUCCUGAUGACUAUCCUAGUUUUCGAUGUCUAUGAUGCGCUGCUCUUGCAUUAUGAUCCAAGUCCUGUCGACUACGGAAAACACAAAUAUGGAGCCUUGGCGGUAGUUGAGCACCGUGGCUUCGCUAAUCUCGCGACACCGAGAGCCCGUAUUCUCACCGCAGCUGUGCGCCAUACUCUGCUGUCACAUGUGCUCUCUUCGCGAGAAGGUUUCCCAGAGCGGUUAGAUUUCUUGUUUCGCCAUCCAUCGAUGAACGACACGAAAGCAGCAAAACUCGACCACAUAUGCGUUCAAUUGUCUCGCGUUCAGAAGCGUCUUUGGACACGGCGCAAGAACUUAAGCGAGAGGCGGCGAGAGAGCUAUAAGGACAUCAUUGCAGAAGCGUUGCAAGUCGAGCAGCUCCUUCUGGAUUGGGAAGCGAGUAUCACUAACCCAGACUGGUUACCCCAGUACGUCCCUCGUGAUCUGGUGAAGGAAUCGAUCCAGAUUUCCGGCUUCUACGGCACAAGCUGUAUUGUCUGGGAAGACCUUGACCUUGGGGACAUGUGGGUCCUUUUCUCCAUGCGCUAUUUGCUCGCGCUGCAAAUCAUCCGACAGGCAUGUGUGGACGAUAGUAACUUCUCACGCAACGGCGAACAUGAGGCGCUUGUCUCUAAAACCAACAAAAAGGCACAAAAAGUUAUUGAUUUCGUCUGCGGAACAGUACCAUUCUUCCUCGGCGAUCGUGUCGUCCCUAAGCCUCCCACAGACAGCAUUUCGAUCAGCUUCCCCUACAAAGUCAUGCGCGAUCCGAAGACCGGAGUACCUAAGUGCGUACCUGGCUCGAAAUCCAGUCAUCACAAGCAAGCAGCUGCAUCAGGGGGUUGGAUUCUGUUUCCGUACUUGGUGAACGUGUGGCGCCUUGCGGAGCCAGAGGAUGACGCUCUCUCAAUUACUCUGCGGCAGGGGCAGCUCGAAUGGAUCAAAGCGCAGGUGAAGCGGAUGCAGAAUGUUUUCCAGUUCUGCGAGCCUGUGUGGUUCAAGAGACAUUUGGCAACAUGA